GAAAACUCGAAACGAACGUUGUCAGAACAACUUGCUAAGGUACCCGACUUAACAAUCGUCUUAACGAUUUAAAAAUGGCUACAAGCGAAACCCAGAACAAGAGCACUUAUGCCGUUGAUAUGGUCAAACUGUUUUCCCAGCACGCUGAUGGCAAAACCUUUCUCAUUACUGGACCCAGUGAAGAAGGGAUUGGAGCAGAGAUUGCCCUCUCCAUUGCCUCAUCGUCAAACCCUUCAAUGAUAAUUCUCGCUGGGCGCCAAAAAACAAAAGUCCUCUCCGUCAUGUUUCUCAUUCGACGCAUGAACCCCAACAUCAAUGUCGUCUGGAUCCCAUUAAACUUACUUGACAAUGAAUCUAUCCGCACAGCAGCAGAAAAUAUCAAGAAAUUGAAGCCAGAGAAAAUACACGUUGUCAUCAAUAAUGCUGGGGUUAUGGGCGUGCAAAAUUAUACGACCUCCAAGCAGGGUGUUGAGGGCCAAUUUGCUGCAAACUACUUGGGUCACUUUUUAUUAACCAACUUGCUGAUAGAUCGGAUUGUGGCAGCGAGAGAAGAAGGGGCAGUAAUCGUUAAUGUGGGGUGCUUGGAGUACGAGUUGGGUGAGGUGAACCUUGAUGAUAUUAAUUUUGAGGAAGGAAAAGCUUACAAUGCUUGGAAAGCAUUGGGACAAUCGAAGACCGCAAUGCUUCUCUGGAACAUCGCUCUAGGAAAAAGACUGGCCGAUAAAGGUGUCUCGACGUUCGUCGUGCAUCCGGGAACUACCUUGGAAACCAAAUAUCUCGAAAACUCUGGUGUUGAUCAAGAGAAACUUGCAGAGGCGUACAAGUUUGCCACAGAGAGAGAGGAGGGCAAGUAGCUUUACCAAUAUCUGUUCCAGCAACUGAUGUGAGAGAAUAGGUAGACCUUUCCAGCCUCAGAAUAUGGUAACGAGACAAGAAGCAGCUGGUGCAGUCAUCCGUGCCGCACUGGAUCCUGCAUUCAAAGCAUUAUCUCCGGCAUUCAUUGUUGACGAGAAAGUGAAUUCAGAGACUAGGAGCUACGCAACUAGCGAACAAGAUGCUGACACACUAUGGAAAUUGAGCGAACAACUUGUCGGGGAAACAUUCAAUGUCUAG